UGAGGAAGGUUGCGCACAGAAGGACUCUGGCACUUUGCUGCUUAAGAAAUGUCUUCACUUCCAGGAUAUGCCUUGCGCAUGAGUCGUCUGAGUGGCCGGCCGUCUGGGGAAGUCGCCAGGCCUACUGAUUCCAAAUCCAUGAAAGUGGUGACACUGUUCAACGAACAGCCUUUGGCCAAGAGGAGGGAGAGCUAUGACUGGUAUCCAAGUCACGACACCUCAUUGCAUUCAUGAGGACACUUCGAUUUCUUGGCCUCUACAGAGAUGAGCAUCAAGAUUUUAAGGGUGAGCAAGUGCGUUUAAAGCAGCUUCAUGGAAAGGGGA